AUGGGGCCGAUGAAUGCCAAGCUUUUUGUGGCGGUCAUCGUCAUGACUUCCCCGGAUCUCGAUGACAUCGCCCAGAUAAUUCUCUCAAUAAAUGUCAUUGGUCCCCGGAAAGAAUCACGAGGUGUAGGAAGCCGAGACCCACGCCACUCAGAACUCGAAGGUGUGGAGUCUGGAGUUGAUAUGCUGACCAACAGCAACGAUGAACCACUCGGACAACCCGUGGCUGAACCAGCAAACCUGCCGAAUGCGCGUCAGAUUCCCCGGAUUCUGUCUUUCCUAGACGGACAUAAGCGAAGGCCAUCACUCGCGUAUAUUCAGGCUCUUGGAUCAACGUGUCAUCGGUAUGAUGCUGCCUGCCUGAAUUGGCAAGAAGUCCGUUUCUUGCAAGAAAUUCAGAACUCGGCCUCGGUCACGCUUUCUGAAUUCCUUGGGCAGGCGCUGUAUAAGAACGGCGGGUUCGGCACAGCACAAAAUUCGAAAGCCUAG